AAAUUUUCUGUUUGCUCGCGUACUUUAUUUUUGAUUUGUUGAUAGAGCUCGAUUUUUGGGUGCGGUGCUAUUGGCAUUAUCUUCACUUUUGGGACAAAAUUAAUUGUGUUCGAAAUUCAGACCGUGUGGUAUUCCUAAGUCCGGAACAUGGCCAGCUCCAAUGCAACCGAUUGGGAUGAGCCGCUGCCCUCGUCGCCGUCCAGCGUGGAGGAAGAGCAGGAUCCCGAUGAGUGCAGCCCAAAGAAUCGGAAGCGCCGCCAGGAGGAGAACAUUGCCAUGCUGCAGUCGUAUGUGAGACGGAUGGCCUACCAGCCGUCUUUGCCGCCCAGGACCAAGCCCUAUGACGUAGCUCUGGCACGGCCCAAAAAGCACAUCCUCAUGGAUAACUACGAGCAGUUCAAGGACAUUUACGACCCCAAGCUGCGAGCGAAGCGCAUCAAACGCAUGCUCGGCAAAUACAAUGCCAUCACCACAGAACAACUCGAGCAAAUACUGAAGCUAAAUAAGACCAAGGAGAGGCGCAAGGAGAACUUCCUCAAGCGGAAACAGGAGCUCUACUACAGUAUGCUGACGAAGCUGGAGCGGCAGUGUCGCACCCAAUACCUGAACGUGCUGAUCAAGAAGUUCAGCAAAUUCAUAGCCCAUCUGGCGACCACAAUGCGAAUUCCUCCCCAGCUCGUCGAUCCUUAUGCUCGGAUGCAGCGUGGCAUUUUCUGCAACAUCCUGUUGGCCAUCGGUGUCCAGCCCACCACCCAGUCAGCCAUCUACUACACCAGCCAGGAUGCCAUCGAGUACGAUGUCUGCCAUCGCCUCGCACAUGCCCUUCUCAGUCUGAUCAUCAAGGGCCUGGACACGGCAGCCACUUCGAAGGCGAGCGAAAUUGCGACUCCCGUCGAAAUGGACUUCGAGAUGGAUAACUAUAUUAAGGAUCGUCUGAUGUGCGCUGCCGAGAAGAAAAUUAUGACCGAGCGCCGGCGCAGCCACAAAAAGAAAUGCAAAUCCAAUUUGAAUUGCAACGCCUUCCAGAGAUGCGAGGGCUUCGAUUGCCUGGGUUGGGAAAGACAAUAGGACCAGUUAUCUUGUAAUUCCAGAUAUGGCAUUCAAUUUAUAAUAAAUAUCAAUUUUUUUAUUUUUUUA